AUGGUGGCUUGUAAUAUUCCUGAUGGUUACUCUGAUAUAGUUUUUGUUUUUGUUUGUAAGGAUUGUAAAAAAGAUUAUGAUAAUAAUACGCUUUCAUUAUGUGAGAAAUGUGGUAGGUUAAAAAGGAAUAGAAACAGAUGCUUUUGUGGUCAUUUAAAAGCUAAAUCAACUAAUCCACUUUCUGAUAAAGAAUUACUCUUGCAAGUCUUCAGUUUUUGCUUAGAAAAUAAAACUAGAGAACUAGAAAAAGAGUUAUCAAUUACCAAAGAAGAAUUAGAAACUGAAAGAGAAGAAGUAGCCAAAUUUCAGGAAAAAUCUGAAGA